AAGCAUGAGCGGAAUUUCUAAAUAUCCAGAGGCACAGGCAAAAGUCUCUAAAAGGUGUGCCCUUGCAGUGUACAUUCACAUAAAAGAAAAAAGGAUCUCAUGUGACCGCACCGGGGUGAACUAAAGCUCCCAUUUUGGAGGGAGUAUUUUUCAUUGGACAGCCACAAAGGAGGGUGGGAAAAAGAAAAGACGGCAGGCCACUCGCUCCACUGCUGAGGAAGUUGGUUUUCCUGAUUGACAUGGACAAUGCAGGGGAAUAAGAAAUGCUCUGAUGGACUGAGCGACUCUUCGAGCAUUGGGAGCGUCUUGGAUGAUGCAGAUCGAGAAGUGAGCAGUCUUACAGACCGGGCAUUCAGGAGCUUGUGUAUCGCUGAAGAGGCAUCCUUCAACGACUCCAAUCUCGUCAUCUCCCCAGAUAUCUCUCGCCAGUUCUUUGGGAAAUUUCACCAGGGAACCGGAAGCCAUGUGCUCAAGAAAAGCAACCUCUAUAACAGAUUACCACCCCAAAGAAAUGAACGUGCAACCUGGGCCUCAACAUUCCAACAGUUACCAAAAUAUGUUCAAGGGGAGGAGAGAUAUCCCAAGGGCAGUACCCCGCCCCUACCCCCGCCAGCGAGGAAAGCACUGGAGGUGCCAGUGUCGGGGUUGAGGAGCAGCAAACCCGUCUCCAAGGUAUCGUCGUUGAUUAAGACUUUUGACAGGACAGAAAGCCAGCGCCCAGACAACCCGUCCCCGGCUCCCAAGCAAGCGGCCCAGAGAAGCUCUCCAAAAUGCACCCUUCGCCCCGGGAGUGGAGUUAAUUUCUGCUUCGAUUCAGCAUUUCUAAAGGUCAGGAAGGUGCCUGCCGAACCGUCUGACCCAAGCCAAACUAAACACUGGCCCGGUUCCAAGCAGGUGCCGGAAGAUUCAUCUGAACAUUCGGAUCUGGCGUACGACUGCGACGGCCUCAGCCCCGAACGGCCAGACCCCACCGAUUCAUUUCAGGCAAGUCUUGGCCACCCUCCUCAAAAGCCUAGCAGAGGUAAGACCGUAAAGAGUAAAGAACAGGCAAGCCAAGGGAGCUUCCUUCACAGUGAAAAUAGCGCAUUCGAGUCAUGGAAUACGCACAGUCAGAAGAUGCUCGAGAGACAGGAGGUUACCGAAAUUCCACCCGAAACCAAGGUCGCCCUUCAUUAUGAAGACAUGCCGUUAUUCAGAGAGCCCCACACAUCUGAAUAUAAAACGUCUCCCAGCCACACCAGGGCAGCCUUAAAUCAGGAAGAGAGCAUUCAGAGAGAGAUAGCUCCUUGCUCCUCCGGGUCGCAAGUCACUUCCGAUCCAUCGGCUUCUGAAUUCCCAGGCUUUGCCAGGAAGGAAAAGCCUUCUCAUUCGGAACCCGACUCAGAGAUGGUGAGCACCCAACCCCCGUGGCGGAGACCAAGAAAUGGCAGAAAGGGAAAGGAGACAAGACGGGAAGGAACAAACGAAAUGAAGAUCAAUGGGCAAUGCCCUUGUCUGAGUAAAAGUCCAGAUACCAUAGAGCCACGUACUGAAAAUGAUGCGGUAAGAGAACGGGCAAACUCGGUGGAUGCCAGUGAAGCUUAUAGCCCUCCCUUUAACAUUAGUGAGCUACUGACUCCCGUCCUACCUACCAAACAAGUCAUAAAUUCAUUGGAAAAUCAAUCCGUUCAGGUAACCCCCCCACUCCCAGAAAAGCCACCAGAAGGUAGAGAACAGGAGGGGCAGGGGUUUAGCGAUUAUCAAUCUCGUGACAGUUACAAGUCCAAAUUGCCUAGCUUGCUAUUCAACCUCAAGGAUGUUCGAAAACGUGUAAAGAGCACUUACAGUCCUUUACCGCUCUUAAAAAAUCUCGAUGAGAAAAUCAAAGGCAGGGAUUAUGCCAGUCAAGAGAGUGUCAGCAAUGGGAUCUUGAACCUGCUUGAAGAAAGCCCACAGGACAUGUUUGCUAAGGAUAAUCCACAACUCUUCCCCUCUUUGCCCUAUGUAAAUAGCGAGGAGGAGAGUAAAAAAUACAUAAACGGACAAUGCAUGGAUAAUUAUCUGCCUCUAAGUUCACCUCAGAUCUUAACUGAGCCUCCCUUCUACAUCAAUGGAGAGGGUCCAGAACAAAACAAUUCCAAGGCUGAAGAUCUCGUUAGAGACCCCAAGGGCAGUAAAAUGAUUCCAGGCCUAGGGCACCAGUUAAAUGAACCCAAUUUUAAGAAGGGUCAGCAUUUACCCUCACUGAAACUUUAUGGUACAGAUGCCACAGAUGGAAAGGAAAAUCAAUUGAGUAAUCACUACCCUGAAAAUGUAAUGCCAAGAUCCAUCUCGCAAGAGAAUCAACAAGAGAAAGAAGCUGGAAAUCAGAAAGCAAAUCUCAGCCAGAAAAUAUCACCAGGCCCACUGUCCCCAGAGGAAGAAGAUGUAUUUUAUAGUGAUAGCCAAUCGGAUUUUUUCCCAAGCCUCAAAAACAAAGCUAAAAUUAGCACUAGCUCAUCUGACCAAUCAUUCGCCUCCUUUGAGGACCUACAGUCUCCGAGAGAAACGUGGCAGAAAGCAAGGUUUCCAGAAAGUCAAAGGGAAGAGAGGCAGAGUGGCCCAGGUGAGAGGCAAAAGAGAGAGAAGAAAGAGAACACAGAGGAAGAAGAGGAGUUGAGAUACUCUGCUCUGGUCAAUGGUGAGACCAUCGUAGAAGAGGAAGAUGAAGAGAGCUUGAUGCAGAGGGAAAGAAAGAGCACGUCUGGAGAUAUACCGAUGAUGGGCCCCAGAGAAGAAUUCAAUUGCAAGGGGGCUUGGUCAGAUAGAAAUGCAGCUGUCCUCCUUCCCCAUAAAGAAGAUCUCCAAUUAUCACCUUCCUCAAGUUCCCACAAGCACAUUGUGUUUACAAUUAAAGACAACACCUUCAAGUCAUCUCCUGUGAUCAAACCCAUCUUGUUGCCCUUGCUGAGAACUCAGUCCUCUGAAGAGACAUCAAACAGUGGUAAGAAGGAAACUGCCAGGGCAAUGGCAGAGCAGGCAGAGAUGGAAAACCAUGUUUACCAGGAGGCCCGAGACACACUCAAUCGUCAACAAUCGGGCCAGGCCUCUGGGUCAAACGUGGAACCCUCGGAGGCAAGAAAAGGAGCCUUCGGGACUACAAACCACAGUAGGCAGAUCUCACCCGGAGUGGGACGUUUUCUUCCUGGAACAGGAGUUAUCCCUUCAGAAGAUGAAGGCGACUUGCCAGGUGACCUGCUGAUGAAAGAUGGCGCAUCAAGGAAGGUACCAAAGUGCACUGUGGGAAGCCAUCAGAAGAGCAAGACAAGAGAGAAAGAGAAAGUAAAACCAGCCAUUGUUUUAUCAAGUGUGGCUUCUGAAGAAGACCUUUCCCCAAACCAAGCCCUCACCCAUUUGGUAGAGCAGACAGAGGGUUUUAAAAGUCACUUAUUGUCGGCUCCUAGGGCAGGGUCCUUGGUGAGACACAUAAGCCCAGAAGAGAUGAUGAGCUCUCCUACGGCAAGUUCUCUAGUAGGGAGAAGUAUGUAUUCUCCUGCCACCAGCACAAUUCUGGAGGAGUGCUUUGACGAUCGGGAUACAUUACUGGGGAAUUUUCCCUGCCCAACAGUAACAAGCCCACUGUCAGGCAUAGACACCCACCUAACCGGUCCGGUUCCAGAAGCAAAGUCAAGUACUAAGAUGAGAAGGAGGGAGGAUGGUGGACGUCUACUGAGGUGGAAUAUGGGAUGUAACCCACUCGAUCCAUAUUCUGAAGGGCUGAUAGACUCCUCCCAGAGAGGGCUGCUUUCUGAGCACAGCGCCAACUCAACAUCUCCCUGUGAGAAGUCACCAUCCUCUGGUCAUGUGGAAAGGUCAGCGGGGAAGCCACCCGCUGUCCCACCCAAGACUGAAAAGGCCCUCCGCCGGGCCAAGAAACUGGCAAACAAGAGGAGAAAGCCUGGCCCGCAACAAGAAAAGCACACCGGAGUACAGGAGGAAAAGCCCCGGGCAGAUGAGCCAGCUAUGGUAUGGGAAAGGCCUCUGUCUCCCAGCGAGAUUUCUCUAGUCACCUUCCCUACGGUCCACCCCCUACCGCCUUCCACACACCACCACUCCAUCUCCACCCUCUCUGAGCCCAUACAGAGGAGGCAACGGAUCAUCCAGUCGGCCACCCCCGUGCCCUCCCACCCAGCAACUCAGCGGAAACUCCUCCAAGACCCCCAUUCCGGAGAAUACUUUGUCUUCGAUCUACCCGUUCAAGUGCAAAUUAAGACUUUUUACGAUCCAGAGACGGGCAAGUACAUCAAAGUCUCCAUCCCUUCCUCUGAGAAAGACUCGCUUGACCCAGCCUCUCCAGAAGAUUUCAAUUCUCCUCACGUGGUGUACCCCGGCUUCCAGCCUCUAUCGGUGACUUCUUUAGCCCCUCGGAGGUCUGCUUCUGAACUCUCCGCUCCUAUUUUUAGGCAGAACGUUCAGGCAAUGGAACUGACUGAGAAGAGGUAUCCAAGCCCCGGAGAUUCAAGACACUUAGGCUCAUCUGGGGAUGUCGUGCAAAGUCACCCCACUGACGAGACACCCCAGAGCUCAGAAACCACCACACGUGAAGCCCCGAGUCUGGAUAUCAUUUCCACCGAUAAUUUAGAGGACUUUGCUGCAGAAGGGAUCUCCUGAAAAAUUGAAAUGACUAAAGCCAAGAACACCCAUCCCCUCUAGAAUUUUAAAACCCUUUUAAAAGAUGUUCAGAGUCCGCAAAUGUUCACCUGAGACCUGUCAAUCAAUCAAUCCUAUUUAUUGAGCGCUUACUGUGCAUAGAGCACUGUACUAAGAGCU